UCCGUCGGUGAAAUCGCUCCGUAAGCAAAUGUAGGAGAAGAAGAGGAGGUUAUGGCAACAAUGAUUGAGGAAAAUGGUCCUUCGACUCAUGAGCAGUCUGAAGUGUCCUCUUCAUCUCAGGCAAGGCAGAAACUGGAGGGACUCCUGAACAAGAACAUGAGGAUCCGCAUGACAGACGGCCGGACUCUGGUGGGGCUUUUCCUCUGCACAGACCGGGACUGUAACGUCAUCCUCGGAUCAGCUCAGGAAUUCCUCAAAUCCACAGACACAUUCUCCCAGGGCGAACCCAGAGUCCUCGGCCUGGCCAUGAUCCCCGGUCACCACGUGGUGUCCAUCGAGGUGGAGGCAGACAGUCUAGAAGACACACAAGGAUUUGGAGCGAACCACUGACGUCUGCUUGGACAGCAUUCAGCAUUCAUGUGACUGACUCCCAUCGAGCCGGAUGUCAGGCUGAGGCCGAGCCCAAAGAAGAACGGACAUCUUCGAUGGAGGAUUUGAAUCAGUCGCUCAGCCUUCAAGAGAUACAGAACUUCUGUGUCAGUAUUCUGGAUUUAGCCAUUCCCUCCAUGACUGAAGGACGAGUCCAUUUGCAGUGACAGCUGUACAACGCAGCGAGUGUGCCAUGUGUGUAUGACAAGGUGUGGACAAACAGCAGCAGUGUGGAUGUGUGUGGAAGUUGUGUCAACAGUGAACAUCUUUGUUACAGUGUGUUUUAAAAUAAAUCGCUGUAUUUCAGGC